AUGGACAUAGAGGAUAAACACACGUCUGCAAUAGGUGUUAUCUGUUCACAAGCGCUGCAGCAGCAUUGUUUGCAGCUGUGCCCCGUUUCACCGGGAAGCGGGACUGGCUGCUCCUUCCUCCCGCACCGGCAGCACCCGCGGGUCGGCGGCACCGCGCCGGGACGGAGCCCGAGGGCGCGGCCCCCGCGGCUGAUGGGGAAGCCGCCCCGGGUGGAGGGGUGCGGCGCUGGCCGCGGUGCUGAAGGGCCGACUCGCCCCGGGAGCCGCCGCCGCGCCGGUGGCAGCGGCAGCGCGGACACGCCGGGGCUCCGCGCCGCCCGCGGGCUUCUCCCGGCGGCUCUCGGGACUCGGCCCCGCGUGUGCCCGCGGCGGCUCCGCGCACCCCGCCCCCGCCAGCGCAGAGCCCGCACCGCCGCCGAGCGCUCCGCAGAGCCCCCGCUCCGUCCCCUCCCAGCCGGGCAUGGCUCUGCCUCCGCCCGCCACCCCCGGACCCUGCGGGGCCGGGGAGACUCUGUGACCGCUCCCGGCGCCCCCGCGCUGCCUGCGGCGCGCUCCGGCUCCGCGCACACGGGCGCGCUCCCUCGCCCCCCCGGCUCCCCCCGCUCACACACGCGCGCACGCUGCCUCUCAUUCCGCCUUCUCCCGUAGCCGCGCCGAUAGCCGCCGAAUG